GAACGGAGAGGGAUGUAUGAAGAAUAGGAAAUGAGAUCAUCAUCUUCCUCAUUGUGACAAGCUGGACCUGCAUUUUUCUUUUUCGAGAUCAUCUCUGGUGAUGUGCUGGGCAUGAUAUCAAGUUUAUAUCAACCCCUCCCACCACCCUCCCUUCCUCUCUCUCUCACGUUGCUUUACAUUGCGUUGCAUUACCUCCUCCACCUCCAACCAAUACCCAAGAAAGAACCCAAACUAACAAAACAAACCAGAUACCCACCCUUCAACUCCUAACACCCAAGUCCCAAGAGAAACCCAACCAAACAACCCCCACCAAACAUAACAAUCCACCAAAAUGUCCCUCACCCUCACCCCCGACACAAUCGACGACCUAAUCUUCUCCGCCCGCACCGGCGAUCUCCCCGCCCUCCAAACCGACCUCGACACCCUAGCCACCCAAACCAACUCUUCGCCCGCGCAGAUCAUCGCCGCCGCAAUCGAUGCCGCUCCCGCCGAAGAAGGAGGUAGUGGAUCGAGUCUAUUGCAUUAUCCCGCUGCGAAUGGCAAUUUGGAAAUCCUAACCUACCUCCUCACGCACCUCGGGCAACUUCCCACCCCCGAGGCAAGCAAGAUUCUCAACCACCGGAACUACAGCGGAAACACGCCGUUGCACUGGGCGGCACUGAACACGCAUUUGGAGUGCGUGAAGGCGUUGGUGGAGGGGGGUGCGGACGUGGGGAUUAAGAAUGAUGCGGGGCUAGAUGCGGUGUUUUUGGCGGAGAGGGCGGAUUGGAAUACUCGGGCUGAGGGGGAGGGUGAAGGUGAAGGGGAUGAGGAGGUGGAGGUUGAGAUUGGUGGGGAGGGUGCUGAUGGGGAGGGUGCUGGGGAGAUGACGAGGGGGAGACAGGUGGUGGAGUGGUUGUUGAGUUCGGAGAAGGCGGGUGAGUUGGAGAGUGGUGUUGCGGAGGGGAAGGAGUAG